GCGGGCAUGUCAUUUUUAUUAUUGAACCAUCUACUGAAAUGUAAGGUCAUUUCUUCAUGCCCAACCUCCGCUUCAAAACUCAACAAACAGACACUCCCUCAUAUCCAUCUUUUAUAGAUCAAGCUUCUGAUCUUUAUCCCUAUCAUCACUCGGAUUCGGGUUCAUUUGUUGCGGCGCGCCAUUUGAUCCAAAGCGAUCAGGGAAUUGUUGGCCGGAAAAUUGACUCUGAUGAGCAGCUGCAUGUGCCGUUAGUGUACAGCGAAGGAUUGAAUAGGCCACGAUGAUGAUGGUUCGAUUCAACAAUCUCUAUUCUAAACCCAUUAUACCCUUCCUCUCUUUCUUCUCUUCGGUUUCUUCUCUUAAUCGUCCCCGUACCCAAACUUCACCUCCAAUCCCAAACCCUUGUAUUCUCAAUUACCUGCUACAAACCUUCCAUUUAUCUGAACCACGAGCCUUGUCAAUCUGCAAUCGAUUCAGUCGGACCAAAACCCUAGAAAAGCCUCAAGUUGUGGUUCAAUUCUUGAAACAACAACUCGGAUUCUCCGAUGCCCACAUCCGAUCAGCGGUCCGUAUUGCGCCCCAAAUCCUCUUCUCCGAUAUUGAUAAAACCCUCAAACCAAAGCUCCAGUUUUUUCAAGAGAUGGGUGUCACUGGUCCUGAUUUGAGUAAGAUCAUUUCUAGGAAUUCCUUGCUUUUGACUUGUAGUUUGGAUAGAAAAUUGAAACCAUGUAUUGAAAUUUUCAAGAAAAUCCUCAUAAAUGAUGAUAAGAAUCGUGAUUUGGUUUUGGUAUUGAGGAGGUGUACCUGGGUCGCCUCCAAAGAACCUGUAUCAAAGCUGUUAUGCAACAUUGCAUUUCUACAUAGCUGUGGGAUUUUUGGACCUCAGCUCUCAAUGCUCUUAAAGAGGCAACCCCGGCUCUUUCUUAUGAAAGAAUCUGUCCUUAGAAACCUUGUUUCUAGGGUUGUUGAUUUGGGUUUUUCGAUUGGUUCUAGGAUGUUGGUUCAUGCUAUUUAUACUGUUAGUUGCAUGAGUAGUGAGACUUUUGCUAGGAAAUUCGAAUUGUUUGGGAGCUUCGGGUUCUCAAAGGAUGAAUCCAUGGAAAUGUUUAGGAGGGCACCGGGUUUGCUUAGGACCUCUGAGGAUAAGUUAAAGAUCGGGAUUGAGUUUUACAUGGACAUUCUUAGAUUAAAAAAGUCGGUGUUAGUUCAUCGACCGGCGGUUUUGAUGAGCAGCAUGGAGGAGAGAGUAAUUCCCCGAUACAGAGUAUUGCAGAUCCUGAAGUCGAAGAGGCUGUUGAAGAAGGAGCCAAGUUUUCUUAAUGUAUUGGAUUUGCUGGAGGGGGAGUUUUUGGAGAACUAUAUAUCAAGGUUUGAAAAGGAUGUUGAGGAAUUGUUAGUAGCUUACAAAGGUCAUUUUUUGGAUUCUUCUGAAGAAUAAGAAUCUCAAUGCCAAAUUUGUUUCAUUUAUUUACUGGGAGCCUUGGGCACUUUUGAGCUGAUGGUUCUGGUAUUUAUUUGUCCAAACAUCCGUAUAUAUAGUCUGUUAUCCCUUGUUCAAGAGGUCCAAUUACUGACUACAUCUACCACUUGAAUUUUAUAAAGAGAUUUUAUUGUACACAACUAUACACAUUUAUACAAUUAGAGGUAUGGCUUCAACUGUUAUUCUUCAUAACCUCUUGUCUGUUUCACUUUGCUAAUAUCACAAGAAACAAGCCCCUGCUCUCAACCCCUCACAGUUUCUUUCCUCCAAAUCUCUCUCAAAGUUGAAGAAAUGCGCUCUUCUCUCAACAAUCCAAAUCAGGGGCCGCAAAACUCAUCACAUUCCUAUUGUUUACGCCGCCCAAUCCAAUUUCUUGAGAGGAUUCUAUUCCGAGACCAGUAACGAGGAUCUCUGUGACUGUAGUUGCCGUGAGCCUUGCACUCUUUGUACUCAAGUCUUUCCUGUCUACAGCUUUCUUUGUGCUGGAAUUGACCACGGAGAGGAUGAUUGGCAGUGCUAAGGAAAAAGAUGGGACUCUAUUAUUUUGACGAUGGACCUGACUCGAGUAGAUGAUGUCAAAGUACUUCCUUAAAUUCUGUUUUUGUUUCCAAAGAUAAUGAUAUUAUGAUAUAGCAUUAUAGGUUAGGCCAUCCUAGUUUUCAGUAUUUAAAAUAUUUGUUUCCCAAUUUAUUUCGGAAUAAAAGUUCAUCUUCCUUUCAGUGUGAUGUUUGUCAGUUUGCUAAACAUCAUCGUGCAUCUU